UCUUUGCUUACUGGACUAUUGAUAGUCGCCUUGUACGUCUUGUUGCUACAAUAAAACUAGUGAAUUGCAUUUAGUUUUAUGAAUAAAAUCUACUCGAACCUAUGGUACUGAUUUGUACCAUGUCGUACUUCCGCUCCGCAGAGCACAUGGCGAAGAUAAAAUAGAGAAAAUAAGAAUCCCUAAAGAAAGCCCAACACGGCAAAAUUGAAAAUAUGAACUGGUACAAUUUUGAAUUUUGAAACAUCCGCAGAUAUGUUCAUAUGGCGGUUAUCAUGGAACCUUCAAUGUGACACGUAAGUGCCUUUCAAUAAUAAGCGGCAUAUGGUCCCCAAGUAAAAUAAUGAGUGUGCCCUGAACAAGAAAACAAUAGGCGGAACUAAAUAAAAUGGAAAGUCACCUCUCAGUCUUAUUAUUUCGUGUUUUCGCCAGGCGCCCCGCGGAGUGCAAUUACUACAUGACACAAAUCAGCCGCCAUACUAACAGAUUAGAUAAAGAUUCAAAUGAGAUGCGUUAACAUACUAUGUAUGUCUAUGCAAAUAAUGCCUGUAGAAUACAUAUUAUAAAUGCUACAUAAACUUUAUGAAAAAAAAAACACGUGAAAACUUUCCAUUUCAUUAAUCAUAAUAAUCAAAGAAUCAAGAAUUCAUUAAUUUUGAAAUCUGAAUUAAUCUAAUCAUCCUUUACUAUCAGCAGUUCCUGACCUUAAAAAAGAACUGUUGUGUAUAUAUGUUAUUUCAAAUUUUUAUCUACGGCUUUUUCAGAAUUUUAGAUUUACAAUAUAAUUUUAUGCUAUGAAGUCUGCGUUAGAAUACCUUGCUAGUAUGGACUAAUUCAAACAGCAAUCUGGAACAUGGUCAUAUCAUCCUUUAAUGGUAACACCUCCAAUCGAUGCAUGACUUAUUUGGGGAAAUUGCAUCCGCCCUAUGUAUAAUCAUUUUUUUUAUCAUAUUUCAAUAACUAUCGUAAAGUUAUACUUACUUUGUACAUGUAUACUAUAAUUGCAUAUAAAAGACAUUUUCCAUCACCAUGUAAAUGUUAUUGCUACUUUUUAUAAAGCAAUAAUGCUGCCGGUGUAAUAUUCAACGAUGUCCCUACUGGGACACCGUAAACAUAUCAUAUCAGUAUAUAUAUAGUCAAUACUUAGAAAAGCAGGCAUUCCAAUUAAAGAGAUUGACAGUCUCAUAAUCAGUUAAAAAUGGCAAAACAGAAAUCAUUCCUUUUAAGCUGUUUUAUUGUUGUUAUCAUCAUAGCAAAUUUUGCUGAAUGUAAGAAAAAUCAGUAUUCAAAACAACUCGUACUUGUUGAACAUAAUCUCAGUAAAAUGCUGCUCAAUGCGACGGAUUUGAUCAAGUCACUUGAGAAGAUCAUAGAAGAUAAAACCAUAACAGAACCGUGUGACAAAGUCAACUUACCGUCUGGCUUCAUCGGAUGCUAUAUCGACAAACCGGACCGAAUCUUGACAAGACAAAUGCCAAACAGUCAGUCUAAUACUGGCGACAACUGUAAACAGCAAUGUAAAGAAGCCGGCUACACGUUAGCUGGAACGGAAGUAAGUUGGUUGUAAAGAUUUUAUAGAACGCUUAUACAUAUUUAUAUGUG